AUGCUCUGGAGCCCACUUGACGAGAAAUUCCAACAAUCUGCAACUCAAGGUCCAGCCCUCGAUCCCCCGAGCUACCAUGCCAAUACCAUCACAGCGGCGUACUACCACCACUCUGCUGCUCUUCCACGCGAAUUGCUGCAGCCAUUGGUCUAUAACGCCCUGUCGCGGGUGAUAGUGCAAAUUCCAUCAAUGGUGACCAUCCUCCCCCACGCGGUGCAAAUUAUUCAGCUGCGAGAUGGCCGAGACGAAGAGGUGGACGUGCUGGUGGAGGAACAACGGAACAUGAGGUUUCCGGAACUAUACGAGAAGGUGCCAUGUUGGCGUCUGGUUAUUGCAUACACAUCUGGGCGAAGUACUGUGUCUGAUAUGGUAGCUUGCUUUGUGGUAGGUGAGCCCGCCAGUGAUCAGUUGUGCGGGAUGGACUUCCAUCGAUCAUUCUCGGCUGCAUUGUUGCUGGUCAACAAGGCAAAAUUAUCUAAACAGCCAUCGGAAUACCCCAGUGCCAAACACUCAAAAAGAUAUUCUACAUCACGGCAGGAAAAGCAAACCAACCACACCCAACGCCACUCUCAAUUCAAAAGUGUAACACUUGGAACCACAGACACCGCCCGUCUCCUGGUGGAUUGCUUUGCCAAUAAGACGAAUAUCACUUGUGCCAUGCAAGCGGUUCUUGCAGCGUCAUUAUUUUCCAACUUAUCUUCGGAAUUCACCACGUUGCGUUCUGCGGGUCGGAUAUCGCCUAGUGGUACCAUCGAGCACACAAUUGCCAUACCUUGCUCCGAAUAUAUUACAACACAUAACAGAGCACAGGGAUGGCAUAUGACUUCCAUCUGGAACGAGGCUCAGCGCAUCCACACAGCCUACAAUGCCGAACCAAGUGGAAAGGUGAGAAGCAACAGCCUAAUGGGCUUUCUUCACCGCGAGAGAGGUUAUACCUUGUGUGAUACGAAAGACAUUAGUGAGACUAGUGGUGUCAGUGUUGGAGUAUCCAGCAUGGGAAGCUUUCAGAAUUCAAGAUCAUCGCAGUCUGAAAAGCAGCAGGAAUGGCAGACAGGGCGGAUGAUGUCAAGUAGUGAUAGUAAUGAGAUCAAUGCUGCCCUGUCUGUCACAUUGGUUGUCGGUGGAGACGGGUGUUUAACGAUAGGGUUUUCUUGGUUAGAUGGUGACAUCGAGGACUUUUGGCUUGACAAGGUUGUCGUCAAUAUGAGAAGGCUGAUUGGAGAGCUUUUGAACACCAACGGCGCCACAAAAACAGAGACCGUUCCUUGGGGAGGUUCUGUGUCUCGGCUUGUCUGUAUGGUUAGGGACCUCAUGUUGGAGUAA